AUGAAUAUAUUUGAGAAGAUAUUGGCACUUACCACUCUGGUGAGUACACUCCUGUUAAAUGGAUCACAAUCAGUGGGUUCAAUAUAUAAUUGCUAUGAAAGAGUUGACAGUACAGAAUUUAACCCAGGAAGUACCCUUGGCACGCAUAUGUGUAUAAUGGCAAAUACAAAGAGCUUCUCAGAAGGGAUUUUCAUAGACAUUAAGAAGAGCAUAAAGAAGCACCCAUUAAAUAAUAAUAAAACCGUCCAGGAAUUCUCAUAUAAAGUAUCAAAUGGGUAUAAACUCAGAAAUUUCCUUAGGAAAGAAGAGUCUUCUCCACUAUGCCUUAAACCACAAGGUCCCAGUGAGCAUAAAUUAUACAUGAAAAAUACACAACUAGAACAAUUAUACUGCCAGAUGACAGAGGAAGAUUUAAUUGAUGUUAUUGCAAGCAUUAUCCCAAGAAACCCCAUUAAGCUCUCUAGUGAUGAUAAAGUACUAACACCAGAAAUACCCCUUAUAAUGAACUACUUACCAAAGCAGUACAUAUACAAGGCAUUCCUUCAAAUUGCAGAUACACAUUUAGAAACAGCCAAAUUUUACAAUAUGCUAGAAACCCUUGCUGAUACGUACUGCCUGGCCAAUGUAAUGAAUGAAUCACCUAAAAAUAAAAGGGUCAGGUGUAAUGUGCUUGUUGGUGGAAUGACCAGGGACUUAUUAAGGAACCAUAUGAUUAAUACACUUUCCUGGGUGUACAGCAGAUAUUACCAUUUUUUAUAUUUAUUCUCAAAGAAUCCUCAGAUACUCCAGAAAGAAGAAUUAUUUAAAAUUGCCGUACUGCAAUUAUUCACUGAGUAUGAGCUAAUCCAGAAAAUAGUCACAGAAUUCGAUGAGAUAGACCAAUACUUCAUGGACCUAUUUUAUGAGGACACAAAUGGACAAAGCACUUCAAAGCACACUAUAAAUGAAACCAUCAAUAGUCCAAGUAAUACUGGCACUAAUGGUAAUACUGGUAAUACUGGUAAUGCUAAUGGUAAUGGUGGUGCUAAUGGUACUAAUGGUAAUGGUGGUACUGGUAAUACUAAUCCUGGUAAUACUAAUACUGGCACUAAUGGUAAUGGUGGUAAUGGUAAUACUAAUACUGGCACUAAUGGUAAUACUGGCACUACUAAUACUAACCCUACUAAUCCUACUAACCCUGGUCCUACUGGUCCUACUAAUCCUGGUAAUACUGGCACUGGUGUGGUAGGUUCAAUUAUUAAUAAUAUCCAGGAUAAUUCAGAAACUGAAAUAAUUUCAAAUCAAAUACGGCCAUUAAAUGGAAAAUUACUUAAUAUAAAAAUACCAAUAACCCGAACUAACCCGAAUAUAACGAAUACUUCUACAGAGUAUACGAUCCCACAACUAUUCAUAAGUAAAUCAGCACAGGAAGUAGAACAAGCAUAUAAAACAGCCAGAAAUAACCCAGAGGAGUACAUUAAUGAUGUACUUAAGAAUAUUAAAGGUAUAAUUAAUGAACUAAAAAGGACCCUUGGCACGAGCACAACCACCAUCCUAAUCCCAUCAGAAGUUGCUGAUAGUUCUACUUAUGUGGUCAGCAACAGUAUUAUUGAUAUACGGCAGGCACUGUUCAAGAAGAAACUAGAAUAUCAGAACUUAUACAUUUCUUAUAAUAAUUUAGCGCAUGAACUCUGUGCGCGUAAGAAUAUUUGCAUGCCAUAAAAAUAACGGAU